CUCUUCCUCCAUAAAUCUCCCAUGAGAUUUAGACUCUUCCCAAUUCACUUCAUCUGUACUCUUUCAACUUCAAUCUUAAUCCCCAACCCACAAUUUAAUUAAUUACCAAUAAAUCUCCGAUGGAACAAGCCGGAUUCCGGAGUUCCAUGAGGCGAACGGUAAGCCGGACCAUGAGCCGGACCCGGAGUUCCGCCAGCUGGAGGAUGGAAGACGUGUUUACAGCCGGCGGUGGUGCCAGCUACAACAGGCGCUCCAGUCGUCAUUCUGAAGAAGACGAAGAAGCGCUCAGGUGGGCAGCUUUAGAAAAACUACCCACCUAUGAUCGUUUACGAACAACCAUCAUGAAGACUUAUGCAAACGACGGUGAUGAAAACCAACGUGGUCAGAAAGCUAACAUGUUGCACAAAGAAAUCGAUGUGCGAAAUCUCGAUCCCAACGAUAAACAAGCUUUCAUCGAUAGGAUCUUCAAGGUUGCCGAAGAAGAUAACGAGAAGUUCUUGAGGAAGUUCCGAAAUCGCGUCGACAAGGUUGGAAUCACCCUACCAACUGUAGAAGUAAGAUUUGAACGUUUAACGAUCGAAGCCGAUUGCUAUAUCGGAGACAGAGCACUUCCAUCGUUAGCAAAUGCUGCUCGGAAUCUUGUUGAAUCGGGUUUGGGUUGUUUUGGAAUCGGUUUGGCCGAGAAAACCAAACUCACGAUUCUUAAAGACGCAUCCGGGAUAAUUAAACCGUCACGGAUGGCACUUUUAUUAGGCCCACCCUCAUCAGGGAAAACAACCCUUUUGUUGGCAUUGGCCGGAAAGUUAGACUCUAGCUUAAAGGUUAAGGGGGAGGUUACGUACAACGGGCACAAGCUCGAUGAAUUUGUACCACGGAAGACAUCGGCAUACAUUAGCCAAAACGACGUUCACGUAGGAGAAAUGACUGUUAAAGAAACACUGGAUUUCUCAGCAAGAUGCCAAGGAGUAGGCUCGCGUUAUGAAUUAUUAACGGAGCUUGCUAGGAGAGAAAAGGAAGCCGGGAUUUUCCCGGAAGCCGAAGUCGAUCUUUUCAUGAAGGCAACAUCAAUGGAAGGAGUUGAGAGUAGUUUGAUUACCGACUACACUCUUAGGAUUUUGGGACUUGAUGUAUGCCGGGACACUAUCGUCGGUGAUGAUAUGAUACGGGGGAUUUCCGGGGGUCAAAAGAAACGAGUGACAACAGGAGAGAUGAUUGUUGGGCCGACCAAGACGUUGUUUAUGGACGAGAUAUCAACGGGGCUCGACAGUUCUACGACAUUUCAGAUUGUCAAAUGUCUCCAACAGAUUGUUCACUUGACCGAUGCCACCAUCUUAAUGUCCCUAUUACAACCUGCACCCGAGACGUUUGAUCUGUUUGACGAUAUCAUACUACUAUCAGAAGGUCAGAUCGUGUACGAGGGACCAAGAGAACACGUGGUCGAGUUUUUCGAGUCUUGUGGCUUCAAGUGUCCAGAAAGAAAGGGGACUGCUGAUUUCUUGCAAGAGGUUACCUCAAGGAAGGAUCAAGAACAAUACUGGGCUGACAGAAGCAGACCUUACAAAUACAUUUCAGUUACUGAAUUCACAAAACGAUUUCAAAGAUUUCAUGUCGGACUUCGUCUCGAGAAUGAGCUUUCGGUUCCAUUUGAUAAAUCAAGAAGCCACAGAGCUGCGUUGGUAUUCAAGAAAUUCUUGGUUUCCAAAACGGAUCUCUUGAAAGCUUCAUGGGAUAAAGAAUGGCUUCUCAUCCAACGGAACUCGUUCGUCUACGUUUUCAAAACUGUUCAAAUCAUCAUCGUCGCCAUCAUUGCAUCAACAGUCUUCUUAAGAACUAGAAUGCAUACAAGGAAUGAAGAAGAUGGUGCUGGAUACGUUGGGGCACUUUUGUUCAGUAUGCUUAUCAAUAUGUUCAAUGGCUUUGCUGAACUGUCUCUCACUAUACAACGGCUUCCUGUGUUUUACAAGCAAAGAGAUCUGUUAUUCCAUCCGCCAUGGGCGUUUACUCUUCCAACUUUCCUUCUUCGAGUACCUAUAUCCCUCGUGGAGACCAUAGUUUGGAUGGUUGUCUCGUAUUACACCAUUGGUUUUGCCCCUGAUGCUAGCAGGUUCUUUAAGCAGUUCUUGUUGAUAUUUCUAGUCCAGCAAAUGGCAGCUGGAAUCUUUAGGGUUAUUGCAGGACUUUGUAGAACCAUGAUCAUUGCCAACACUGGUGGAGCACUUACUCUCCUGCUUGUAUUUCUUUUGGGUGGUUUCAUUCUUCCUAAAGGUCAAAUUCCAAGUUGGUGGGGUUGGGCUUACUGGGUUUCACCCAUCACAUAUGGUUACAAUGCCAUCACUGUAAAUGAAUUGUAUGCAGAUAGGUGGAUGAACAAAUUUGGUUCAGAUAAUGUCACCGCUCUGGGUAUUCAAGUUCUAAGAAACUUUGAUGUUCCUACUGAUAGCAACUGGUACUGGAUCGGCACGGCUGCUCUUGUGGGUUUCUCGGUUCUCCUAAAUGUUUUGUUCACCUUUGCUCUCAUGUAUCUCGACCCACUUGGGAAACAACAAGCAAUAAUAUCCAAAGAAACAGCCUCAGAAAUGGAAGCCAACCAAGAAGAAACAACAGAAAUGCCAAGAUUGAGAACAAAUGCAUCAAGGAGAGAAACGCUUCCUCAAUCGUUGUCUGCUGCUGAUGGAAACAAUACCAGGGAAGUGGCUAUGCAGCGAAUGAGCAGUCAAGCGGGUGCCAUAAAUAGAAAUCAAGAUUCAAGUCUUGAGGCUGCAAAAGGUUUAUCUGCUAGAAAAGGGAUGGUUCUACCUUUCACUCCUCUUGCUAUGUCCUUCGACAGCGUAAACUAUUAUGUCGAUAUGCCAGCAGAGAUGAAAGAACAAGGGGUGACGGAAGAUAGGCUCCAGUUACUUCGUGGGGUAACUGGUGCAUUUAGGCCUGGAAUCCUCACGGCUUUGAUGGGAGUCAGUGGUGCUGGGAAAACAACAUUAAUGGACGUCCUUGCAGGAAGGAAGACAGGUGGUUAUAUUGAAGGUGAUAUCAGGAUAUCUGGCUUUCCGAAAAACCAAGAAACUUUUGCAAGAAUUUCUGGAUAUUGUGAACAAAAUGAUAUCCACACACCCCAAAUCACCAUCCGGGAAUCUCUAAUAUACUCAGCUUUCCUCCGGCUUGCCAAAGAAGUUAGCAAUGAGGAAAAGAUGACUUUUGUCGAUCAAGUGAUGGAGCUUGUUGAACUAGACAAUCUCAAGGAUGCAAUCGUGGGACUUCCAGGGGUUACCGGUUUGUCAACAGAACAGAGGAAAAGACUGACAAUUGCUGUAGAGCUUGUUGCUAAUCCUUCGAUCAUUUUCAUGGAUGAACCAACUUCUGGACUUGAUGCAAGGGCAGCUGCCAUAGUCAUGAGAACUGUUCGAAAUACAGUGGAUACUGGUAGAACUGUUGUUUGCACCAUUCACCAGCCUAGCAUUGAUAUUUUUGAAGCAUUUGAUGAGCUGCUACUAAUGAAAAGAGGAGGGCAAGUGAUCUAUGCUGGACCAUUGGGCAGGAACUCCCAAAAAAUUGUAGAAUAUUUUGAGGAAAUUCCCGGGGUCCCGAAAAUACCCGAGAAGUACAAUCCAGCAACAUGGAUGCUUGAAGUUAGCUCCAUCGCUGCAGAAGUGCGACUCGGAAUGGAUUUCGCCGAGCACUACAAUUCAUCGGCUUUGCAUGAAAGGAACAAGGCUUUGGUGAAGGAGUUGAGCACACCUCCUCCAGGUGCAAAAGACCUUUACUUUGCAUCACAAUAUUCUCAAUCCACAUGGGGACAGUUCAAAUCUUGCUUAUGGAAACAAUGGUGGAGUUACUGGAGAAGUCCCGAUUACAAUCUUGUUCGUUACUUCUUUACGUUAGCAUGUGCACUCAUGGUCGGCACCAUUUUCUGGAAAAUCGGAACUAAAAGAGACAGCAGCAAUGAUCUAACAACAAUCAUCGGAGCUAUGUAUGCUGCGGUGCUUUUUGUGGGUAUCAACAAUUGCUCAACAGUUCAACCGAUAGUAGCAACAGAAAGAACAGUCUUUUACAGAGAAACAGCUGCCGGAAUGUAUUCUGCAUUACCAUAUGCCAUGGCACAGGUAUUUGUAGAGAUACCGUAUGUAUUUAUUCAAACUGCAUAUUACACGGUUAUAGUGUAUGCGAUGGUGAGCUUCGAAUGGACCGCGAUUAAGUUCUUCUGGUUCUUCUUCAUCAACUUCUUCUCGUUUCUUUACUUCACGUACUAUGGAAUGAUGACGGUAUCCAUAACACCAAACCACCAAGUAGCAGCCAUAUUCGCAGCGGCUUUCUACUCGCUUUUCAAUCUCUUUUCUGGGUUUUUCAUCCCAAGACCCAGGAUUCCAAAGUGGUGGAUAUGGUACUACUGGAUCUGCCCGUUGGCGUGGACGGUUUAUGGUGCAAUCGUUUCGCAAUACGGUGAUGUGGAGAACACGAUCAGCGUGCCGGGUCGGGCGACUGAUCCUACGAUCAAAUGGUAUGUCAAAGACCAUUUUGGUUAUGACCCAGAUUUCAUGGCACCAGUUGCUAUAGUUUUGGUUGGUUUUGCGGCCUUUUUUGCUUUCAUGUAUGCUUAUUGCCUUAAGACAUUGAACUUCCAAAUGAGGUAGUUCAAUUAGGUCUCAUUCUUAGUGGAAACAACUUGUAAAAUAUAUAUUAUAUAAAUAUAUAUAUA